AUGCGUGGAGGAUUUGGGCGUGGAGGUGGUGGUCGUGGAGGAUUUCGAGGAGGUGGUGGUGGCAGAGGUGGUGCACCAGCUGGACGAGGCCGUGGAGGCGGUGGUGGAGGAAGAGGAGGAGGAUUUGGACGUGGAGGAGGUCGUGGGGGACGAGGAGGAGGUCGAGGAGGUGGUGCAGGAGCAAAGGUGGUUGUAGAACCACAUAUGCUUCAUCCUGGCGUCUUUAUUUCCAAGGGAAAGGCCGAUUCUCUUUGCACACUAAACAUGGUUCCUGGUAUUUCAGUAUACGGUGAAAAGCGAAUUGAGCUAGGAGCUGUUCAAGGAGGAGAUGAAAAGAAAGAAUAUCGCCUGUGGAAUCCUUACCGUUCUAAACUUGCAGCUGCAAUUUAUGCAGGAGUGGGGAGUAUUCACAUGAAACCUGGAUCUAAAGUUCUUUAUCUGGGAGGAGCAAGUGGUACAACUGUAAGUCAUGUAAGCGAUCUUGUUGGACCUGAAGGUAUGGUAUAUGCGGUAGAGUUUUCUAACCGAAGUGGUCGUGAUCUUGUUGAUAUGUCUAAGAGAAGACCUAAUAUUGUACCUAUUAUUGAAGAUGCUCGUUACCCUAUGAAGUACCGUAUGCUUGUACCUAUGGUGGAUUGCAUUUUUAUGGAUGUUGCCCAACCAGAUCAAGCACGUAUUUUGGCUCUUAAUGCCCAAGCAUUUUUGAAAAAUGGAGGUCAUUAUGUGAUUUCUAUUAAAGCAAACUGUAUUGAUUCAACAUUGGAAGCUCCUGUUGUCAUCGCAUCGGAACUUAAUAAACUAAAGAAAGAUCGCCUAAAGCCGUUAGAGCAGGCUUCAUUGGAGCCAUUUGAAAGAGAUCACGCCGUCGUGGUUGGUGUCUAUCGCUCUGUGAAGAAGGCAACACAAUAA